CUCCGGCAAUCAAUGAAUUGAGCAAAUGAUUGGCUACAUGCAUGUGUAUAACAUCAAAACAGGCCUACAUAUUUAAACUUUAUGCAGGUAUCAUGUACUAUGCACAUAUUAUGUAUGUAUGCUCUUCAAUCGUGCCUCGGUCCACAGACACAUGCUCUUCAUUAAGUCAUCCAUCUAUUUUCACUGGUCAGGUAUUGUACCUAAUUUCUGAGUUUCAACAAUAACAACAAACAACAACAUCUUGAGAUCCGAGAAACGAUAUUAUGAAUUUCAAUGAUUAAACUUUUCGUGUCACGAUACUGAAUACAGAAUACAUCCGAUGGUUUCGAGCCCAUUCGUUUCUGAUACUUUUGACUUAACAUGGCGCCAGUUCAACGGAAGAACGCGCCGUCCACCGCCGCUGAGAUCUCCCUCCUUCACCUCAAGAGUUGUCUCGUCAACCUUCCCACGUCUUUGGUGAACCUACUUGUAACAAUUAAUACGCCCGCUCAGAAUGUUGUCGUCGAACUUAAUUAUCGCGUUCCCGCGCCCGUCAACGGCGCCUCCCAAACCAAUGGCACGUCAUCAUCGCAACGGUCGCUCUAUCUUGGAUGGACAGGAAUGCCGAGUAAACGCAAGAUAGCCCCUAUAGUAGACCGUGAUGGUAUAAGUGCUUCACGUGGAAGCGGUAGGGACCAAGAGGUUGCCUCAGUUGAGUUGGAUGCUACUUUGGCCGCCACUCUAGGAUUGUCAGACGGCCAGAAGGUUAUGGCUAUAAUACACGUCGACCCCCCGUUAGCGCACACCAUUAAUAUCGAGCCACUAACCCCGGAAGAUUGGGAGAUUAUUGAGUUGCAUGCGACAUUCUUGGAAUUGAAUCUGCUUUCACAGAUCCGCGCUUUACCGAACCCUACGUAUACCGCUACACCGGGCCAACCUCCUAUUCCGCAUCCGUUGACCCUCCACCUCUCACCCACUUCUACAGCCAAUAUCAAAGUCGUGUCCCUCGAUCCAGCUCCUGCGGGAGACGUUCCAUUCGUAAAGAUUGCUCCCGAUGCCGAGGUCAUUGUUGCGCCUAAAACUCGAUCCAAGCCAUCUAAAAAUGGCCGCGAGGACCGUAGUGUAGGGGGCACAUCUAGACGAAGUGCCAAGAGCUCGGCUAGCACAGUUCGUAGAAAGAAUGCCCGUGAAGAGAAGAAACCUGCCAUGUUUUUGAGAGGGGUUGAUCGCGAACUGUGCACGGAAUGGUUCGACGACGAAUCUGCAACCCAGGAUUUGAGUGUGUGGGUCGACCGAGACCUUCUACUGUCGAAGGAUUUCCGAGGUGUCACUUGGGUUGUUGUCAAUGUCGUCAAGCCAGCUGGACUUCAACCUCCACUGGAUCCUCAGAAACAACCAGAAAAUAUCGCCAAUACCGAUGUGGUCAAAGCGGCUGAGAGGGUCGUUGCGCAACUACGACCAUGGGAUGACCCUCCCAGCACACAGACUAUCGCUCUUUCGACUCCGUUGUGUGCCAUGCUUGGCUGCCCAAAAAUUGUUGGGGGCGUUGUAAAAGUUGAGCCAGCACCACCACCUCUAUCGCGCAACGCCGUUCAAAAAUUGAAGUUGUCUCCAUUUUCAAAUGAAAGUCCGAAGUCUUCAGAUGGCUUAAAAUUUGGAGGAGAGUCAAAGGCUGAAAAAGAGGAAGCCUCCAAACGCAUAUUACAAAUAUAUGGCCAGAAAGACCGGACCAAUGGCCUUUUGCGCGGCCCUUUGACAGAUGGGAUGAUACUACCGGUAUACGCGAGCCUCGAGUUAUCCAGCGGCUGGGAAGGUGGCAUUGCAAAACUCGAUGCUGCAAACAUUGACUCGGGCUCCAAGGACGUGAACUGGUAUCUUGCAUCUGACAAAAAUGUGCCGAUCGAAAUGCAACCACCGGUUCCCCGCCCGGCGUGGCUGGACGAAGAUGAUAUAGGCGAAAGUCUUCUACUGGGCGACUCGACCCUGGUUGGGAUUGAUUCGCUCCUUACCGAUUUGAAAUCUCAUCUCUCACACAUGUCCUCUGUUCUCUUAACCGGUGCCCUAGGGGCCGGCAAGACAGGGGUUGUCCAGUCUCUGGCCCAGACGUUACGAGACGAGCAUCUAUUUCAUACAACUUAUUUUCCAUGCCGAAGACUUGUCAACGACGAAAGCAGAAUAUCUACCAUCAAAGAAAGACUAAAUAGGAUCUUUAUGAGCGCAAGCUGGGGUGCGAGGCUUGGCGGGAAGUCACUUGUUAUUCUCGAUGAUUUAGAUAAAUUGUGUCCGGUUGAGACGGAAUUGCAAGUAGGAAAUGACAAUGGCCGGAGCCGACAAGUUAGCGAGACAAUCAGCUCGAUUGUGCGACAGUACUGUGGGCGCGAUAAGGGAGUUGUUCUUCUCGCAACAGCUCAGGGGAAAGACUCGCUUAAUAAUGUAAUCAUUGGAGGCCAUGUCGUUCGAGAGAUUGUUGAUCUAAAGGCUCCUGAUAAGGAAGCACGGAGACAAGUUUUGGAAACGGUUGUUAGGCAACAAACUGUGUCUCCUGAAGCUAUGCGAGCGCCUAUCUCGAAUGGAAGUCGCCCCACGACUGCGGAUGGGAGUGUAGGUGGUGAUGACAAUGGUACUUGGAUGGAUGGGGGCGACCAACGUAGCCGCGGCAAUUCAGCGUCUCCUGGACCAAGGUCGGAUGGCUUUCUGCUGGACCCUGACCUUGACUUUCUUGAUCUUGCUGGAGACACUGAUGGCUACAUGCCAGGAGACCUCAUACUCCUUGUAUCCCGAGCCCGGAACGAAGCUCUGAUACGUUCAGUCACCGAAGACUUGUCUAAGGAACCAUUUGAUAUUGUUCAACUCGGUCGUGGCGAUUUCGAUAAAGCUCUCAAAGGCUUCACCCCAGCAUCUCUUCGUAAUGUUCCAUUGCAAACUUCUACUACGACUUUCGACUCAAUCGGCGGUCUAAAGGAAACACGACAAAUCUUACUCGAGACAUUACAAUACCCCACCAAGUAUGCACCAAUAUUUGCACAAUGUCCUCUCAGGCUGCGGUCUGGACUUUUGCUGUACGGAUACCCUGGCUGCGGCAAGACUCUUUUAGCAAGCGCUGUGGCUGGUGAAUGCGGUCUCAACUUCAUCUCAGUCAAGGGCCCAGAAAUCUUAAACAAGUACAUCGGUGCCAGCGAGAAAAGUGUUCGCGAUCUCUUCGAGCGUGCCUCGGCUGCUAAGCCAUGUGUACUGUUUUUUGACGAGUUCGACUCUAUUGCACCCAAGCGAGGGCAUGACUCAACUGGUGUUACCGAUCGGGUGGUAAAUCAACUUUUGACGCAAAUGGACGGUGCAGAGGGUCUGUCUGGUGUCUACGUCCUGGCUGCAACAUCUCGACCAGACUUGAUCGACCCAGCAUUACUUCGACCAGGUCGUUUAGAUAAGAGCUUGUUAUGUGGCUUUCCAGAUGUAGAGGAUCGAAUCGAUAUCUUGCAAGCGUUGGGUAAGAAAGUCAAGCUCAAUCCGGAGAUUCUAUCGUCGGAUGAAGGUCUCCUCGAACUUGCGAGACGCACCGAAGGCUAUUCUGGUGCCGACUUGCAAGCGCUUAUGUCGAAUGCUCAGCUGGAAGCUAUCCACGAUGUACUGAACGACAUGGAAUCACAAGACUCAGGUACCAAACGUGGAGCUGGAAAUACCCGGGCCAAAUCAGAAACUCCAGCGCGGGCCCGGAAUUUUGUGCAGUUUCGAUACGGGUUGGAGAGUGCCUUAGCUGAGGCAGAAGACCGAGCGAAGAAGGGAUAUAACAAGUCGGCUCAACUGGCCGAAGACAUUGCGAUUGCAGCCAAGCUCGCCGAAAUCAAAACGGCUAGAAAGCAAACCAAAAUGGUUCAAAAGGGACCAAACCACGCCGCUGGAGAGCAUGCUGGAAAAGGCAAAGAAGGAAGUAAUACCGAAGUCCUGAUUGGCUGGAAACACAUGAUAAAGGCAUUGGGGUCUACGAGGGCCAGUAUUAGUCCCCAGGAGAAGAAUAGGUUAGAGCGGAUAUACAAGGAAUUCGUAGUCGGACGCAGCGGUGAAAUGCGCGAUGGACAAGGCAGCAUGGAAGUUGGUGGACGCAGUAGUCUCAUGUAGGCAUGACUCCUUAUGUUACCUACCAAAGUAUAUAUAUAUCUACCUAAGGAGCUUUUAGAUGGAGGAAAGCGUAAGCCAAAAAAAAGUUUUGAUAUAUCAAUUUACUUACAUACAUAAUAAUGAAGUAUAUAUUAGCUA